CACCAGUGACCACUAAAUUUCCAUUGACAUCUUCAGGAGACAGUGGUAAAACAUCAGUAACAAGUACACAUCCAUCGGCAAGUCAAGAAACACUUCCAACCAAGUAUUCAUCAACAGAGAUGCAGUCUACAUCUGCUGUCACAUUUUCCCCUACUGAAAUAACACAAUCAAUAUCAACGUUAACAUCAAAUGGACAGAGUGUGACAACAACCAUGGAUCAUUCUGAAUCAACAUUUUCCACCAAAGAUAGAGAGUCAUCCCACACUUCACCUUCCAGUAGUCCUCCUCUCACUACUGAGUUGACUCAACCAUCUCCAUCUCAUGCUACUGAUGCAACUGUCACUGGAACCACAACAAAUUCAGAACUAUCAAGCAGCUGGGGAACGUCAGCAAUAACAAAGGUCUCCUCUAACACAGAACAUACAUUUAUUACUACAACGAAAUCCACUGGAACUUCAAGCCCAAGCAUCUCUGAUUUUAGCUCCCAGACUUCUCAAACAUCUUCAACUCAUACCACCAAUACAACUGAAACCAGACCUACAACAAACUCAGAGGUGUCAAGUACCCCAGACCAACCUGCAACAAAGACCCCUUCUAUAACAGUUUCAACAUCUAUUACAACAUCAUCGUUUAGCCAGGAAACACCAACAACAAAGGCUCUUCCUACUACAGUGACUGGGUCCACACCUCAAACAAUGGGAAAGUCCACUGAAACUGAACAUUCUACAGAAUCAGCUUCCCAACCUACCACAAACAGACUGACAGGAACAACCAACAUGGAUCAUUCUGACAUGUCACCAGUGACCACUAACUUUCCAUUGACAUCUUCAGGAGACAGUGGUAAAACAUCAGUAACAAGUACACAUCCAUCGGCAAGUCAAGAAACACUUCCAACCAAGUAUUCAUCAACAGAGAUGCAGUCUACAUCUGCUGUCACAUUUUCCCCUACUGAAAUAACACAAUCAAUAUCAACGUUAACAUCAAAUGGACAGAGUGUGACAACAACCAUGGAUCAUUCUGAAUCAACAUUUUCCACCAAAGAUAAAGAUUCAUCCCACACUUCACCUUCCAGUAGUCCUCCUCUCACUACUGAGUUGACUCAAACAUCUCCAUCUCAUGCUACUGAUGCAACUGUCACUGGAACCACAACAAAUUCAGAACUAUCAAGCAGCUGGGGAACGUCAGCAAUAACAAAGGUCUCCUCUAACACAGAACAUACAUUUAUUACUACAACGAAAUCCACUGGAACUUCAAGCCCAAGCAUCUCUGAUUUUAGCUCCCAGACUUCUCAAACAUCUUCAACUCAUACCACCGAUACAACUGAAACCAGACCUACAACAAACUCAGAGGUGUCAAGUACCCCAGACCAACCUGCAACAAAGACCCCUUCUAUAACAGUUUCAACAUCUAUUACAACAUCAUCGUUUAGCCAGGAAACACCAACAACAAAGGCUCUUCCUACUACAGUGACUGGGUCCACACCUCAAACAAUGGGAAAGUCCACUGAAACUGAACAUUCUACAGAAUCAGCUUCCCAACCUACCACAAACAGACUGACAGGAACAACCAACAUGGAUCAUUCUGACAUGUCACCAGUGACCACUAACUUUCCAUUGACAUCUUCAGGAGACAGUGGUAAAACAUCAGUAACAAGUACACAUCCAUCGGCAAGUCAAGAAACACUUCCAACCAAGUAUUCAUCAACAGAGAUGCAGUCUACAUCUGCUGUCACAUUUUCCCCUACUGAAAUAACACAAUCAAUAUCAACGUUAACAUCAAAUGGACAGAGUGUGACAACAACCAUGGAUCAUUCUGAAUCAACAUUUUCCACCAAAGAUAAAGAUUCAUCCCACACUUCACCUUCCAGUAGUCCUCCUCUCACUACUGAGUUGACUCAAACAUCUCCAUCUCAUGCUACUGAUGCAACUGUCACUGGAACCACAACAAAUUCAGAACUAUCAAGCAGCUGGGGAACGUCAGCAAUAACAAAGGUCUCCUCUAACACAGAACAUACAUUUAUUACUACAACGAAAUCCACUGGAACUUCAAGCCCAAGCAUCUCUGAUUUUAGCUCCCAGACUUCUCAAACAUCUUCAACUCAUACCACCGAUACAACUGAAACCAGACCUACAACAAACUCAGAGGUGUCAAGUACCCCAGACCAACCUGCAACAAAGACCCCUUCUAUAACAGUUUCAACAUCUAUUACAACAUCAUCGUUUAGCCAGGAAACACCAACAACAAAGGCUCUUCCUACUACAGUGACUGGGUCCACACCUCAAACAAUGGGAAAGUCCACUGAAACUGAACAUUCUACAGAAUCAGCUUCCCAACCUACCACAAACAGACUGACAGGAACAACCAACAUGGAUCAUUCUGACAUGUCACCAGUGACCACUAACUUUCCAUUGACAUCUUCAGGAGACAGUGGUAAAACAUCAGUAACAAGUACACAUCCAUCGGCAAGUCAAGAAACACUUCCAACCAAGUAUUCAUCAACAGAGAUGCAGUCUACAUCUGCUGUCACAUUUUCCCCUACUGAAAUAACACAAUCAAUAUCAACGUUAACAUCAAAUGGACAGAGUGUGACAACAACCAUGGAUCAUUCUGAAUCAACAUUUUCCACCAAAGAUAAAGAUUCAUCCCACACUUCACCUUCCAGUAGUCCUCCUCUCACUACUGAGUUGACUCAAACAUCUCCAUCUCAUGCUACUGAUGCAACUGUCACUGGAACCACAACAAAUUCAGAACUAUCAAGCAGCUGGGGAACGUCAGCAAUAACAAAGGUCUCCUCUAACACAGAACAUACAUUUAUUACUACAACGAAAUUCACUGGAACUUCAAGCCCAAGCAUCUCUGAUUUUAGCUCCCAGACUUCUCAAACAUCUUCAACUCAUACCACCAAUACAACUGAAACCAGACCUACAACAAACUCAGAGGUGUCAAGUACCCCAGACCAACCUGCAACAAAGACCCCUUCUAUAACAGUUUCAACAUCUAUUACAACAUCAUCGUUUAGCCAGGAAACACCAACAACAAAGGCUCUUCCUACUACAGUGACUGGGUCCACACCUCAAACAAUGGGAAAGUCCACUGAAACUGAACAUUCUACAGAAUCAGCUUCCCAACCUACCACAAACAGACUGACAGGAACAACCAACAUGGAUCAUUCUGACAUGUCACCAGUGACCACUAACUUUCCAUUGACAUCUUCAGGAGACAGUGGUAAAACAUCAGUAACAAGUACACAUCCAUCGGCAAGUCAAGAAACACUUCCAACAAAGUAUUCAUCAACAGAGAUGCAGUCUACAUCUGCUGUCACAUUUUCCCCUACUGAAAUAACACAAUCAAUAUCAACGUUAACAUCAAAUGGACAGAGUGUGACAACAACCAUGGAUCAUUCUGAAUCAACAUUUUCCACCAAAGAUAAAGAUUCAUCCCACACUUCACCUUCCAGUAGUCCUCCUCUCACUACUGAGUUGACUCAAACAUCUCCAUCUCAUGCUACUGAUGCAACUGUCACUGGAACCACAACAAAUUCAGAACUAUCAAGCAGCUGGGGAACGUCAGCAAUAACAAAGGUCUCCUCUAACACAGAACAUACAUUUAUUACUACAACGAAAUCCACUGGAACUUCAAGCCCAAGCAUCUCUGAUUUUAGCUCCCAGACUUCUCAAACAUCUUCAACUCAUACCACCAAUACAACUGAAACCAGACCUACAACAAACUCAGAGGUGUCAAGUACCCCAGACCAACCUGCAACAAAGACCCCUUCUAUAACAGUUUCAACAUCUAUUACAACAUCAUCGUUUAGCCAGGAAACACCAACAACAAAGGCUCUUCCUACUACAGUGACUGGGUCCACACCUCAAACAAUGGGAAAGUCCACUGAAACUGAACAUUCUACAGAAUCAGCUUCCCAACCUACCACAAACAGACUGACAGGAACAACCAACAUGGAUCAUUCUGACAUGUCACCAGUGACCACUAACUUUCCAUUGACAUCUUCAGGAGACAGUGGUGAAACAUCGGUAACAAGUACACAUCCAUCGGCAAGUCAAGAAACACUUCCAACCAAGUAUUCAUCAACAGAGAUGCAGUCUACAUCUGCUGUCACAUUUUCCCCUACUGAAAUAACACAAUCAAUAUCAACGUUAACAUCAAAUGGACAGAGUGUGACAACAACCAUGGAUCAUUCUGAAUCAACAUUUUCCACCAAAGAUAAAGAGUCAUCCCACACUUCACCUUCCAGUAGUCCUCCUCUCACUACUGAGUUGACUCAAGCAUCUCCAUCUCAUGCUACUGAUGCAACUGUCACUGGAACCACAACAAAUUCAGAACUAUCAAGCAGCUGGGGAACGUCAGCAAUAACAAAGGUCUCCUCUAACACAGAACAUACAUUUAUUACUACAACGAAAUCCACUGGAACUUCAAGCCCAAGCAUCUCUGAUUUUAGCUCCCAGACUUCUCAAACAUCUUCAACUCAUACCACCAAUACAACUGAAACCAGACCUACAACAAACUCAGAGGUGUCAAGUACCCCAGACCAACCUGCAACAAAGACCCCUUCUAUAACAGUUUCAACAUCUAUUACAACAUCAUCGUUGAGCCAGGAAACACCAACAACAAAGGCUCUUCCUACUACAGUGACUGGGUCCACACCUCAAACAAUGGGAAAGUCCACUGAAACUGAACAUUCUACAGAAUCAGCUUCCCAACCUACCACAAACAGACUGACAGGAACAACCAACAUGGAUCAUUCUGACAUGUCACCAGUGACCACUAACUUUCCAUUGACAUCUUCAGGAGACAGUGGUAAAACAUCAGUAACAAGUACACAUCCAUCGGCAAGUCAAGAAACACUUCCAACCAAGUAUUCAUCAACAGAGAUGCAGUCUACAUCUGCUGUCACAUUUUCCCCUACUGAAAUAACACAAUCAAUAUCAACGUUAACAUCAAAUGGACAGAGUGUGACAACAACCAUGGAUCAUUCUGAAUCAACAUUUUCCACCAAAGAUAGAGAGUCAUCCCACACUUCACCUUCCAGUAGUCCUCCUCUCACUACUGAGUUGACUCAAGCAUCUCCAUCUCAUGCUAUUGAUGCAACUGUCACUGGAACCACAACAAAUUCAGAACUAUCAAGCAGCUGGGGAACGUCAGCAAUAACAAAGGUCUCCUCUAACACAGAACAUACAUUUAUUACUACAACGAAAUCCACUGGAACUUCAAGCCCAAGCAUCUCUGAUUUUAGCUCCCAGACUUCUCAAACAUCUUCAACUCAUACCACCAAUACAACUGAAACCAGACCUACAACAAACUCAGAGGUGUCAAGUACCCCAGACCAACCUGCAACAAAGACCCCUUCUAUAACAGUUUCAACAUCUAUUACAACAUCAUCGUUUAGCCAGGAAACACCAACAACAAAGGCUCUUCCUACUACAGUGACAGGGUCCACACCUCAAACAAUGGGAAAGUCCACUGAAACUGAACAUUCUACAGAAUCAGCUUCCCAACCUACCACAAACAGACUGACAGGAACAACCAACAUGGAUCAUUCUGACAUGUCACCAGUGACCACUAACUUUCCAUUGACAUCUUCAGGAGACAGUGGUAAAACAUCAGUAACAAGUACACAUCCAUCGGCAAGUCAAGAAACACUUCCAACAAAGUAUUCAUCAACAGAGAUGCAGUCUACAUCUGCUGUCACAAUUUCCCCUACUGAAAUAACACAAUCAAUAUCAACGUUAACAUCAAAUGGACAGAGUAUGACAACAACCAUGGAUCAUUCUGAAUCAACAUUUUCCACCAAAGAUAGAGAGUCAUCCCACACUUCACCUUCCAGUAGUCCUCCUCUCACUACUGAGUUGACUCAAGCAUCUCCAUCUCAUGCUACUGAUGCAACUGUCACUGGAACCACAACAAAUUCAGAACUAUCAAGCAGCUGGGGAACGUCAGCAAUAACAAAGGUCUCCUCUAACACAGAACAUACAUUUAUUACUACAACGAAAUCCACUGGAACUUCAAGCCCAAGCAUCUCUGAUUUUAGCUCCCAGACUUCUCAAACAUCUUCAACUCAAACCACCAAUACAACUGAAACCAGACCUACAACAAACUCAGAGGUGUCAAGUACCCCAGACCAACCUGCAACAAAGACCCCUUCUAUAACAGUUUCAACAUCUAUUACAACAUCAUCGUUUAGCCAGGAAACACCAACAACAAAGGCUCUUCCUACUACAGUGACUGGGUCCACACCUCAAACAAUGGGAAAGUCCACUGAAACUGAACAUUCUACAGAAUCAGCUUCCCAACCUACCACAAACAGACUGACAGGAACAACCAACAUGGAUCAUUCUGUCAUGUCACCAGUGACCACUAACUUUCCAUUGACAUCUUCAGGAGACAGUGGUAAAACAUCGGUAACAAGUACACAUCCAUCGGCAAGUCAAGAAACACUUCCAACCAAGUAUUCAUCAACAGAGAUGCAGUCUACAUCUGCUGUCACAUUUUCCCCUACUGAAAUAACACAAUCAAUGUCAACGUUAACAUCAAAUGGACAGAGUGUGACAACAACCAUGGAUCUUUCUGAAUCAACAUUUUCCACCAAAGAUAGAGAGUCAUCCCACACUUCACCUUCCAGUAGUCCUCCUCUCACUACUGAGUUGACUCAAGCAUCUCCAUCUCAUGCUACUGAUGCAACUGUCACUGGAACCACAACAAAUUCAGAACUAUCAAGCAGCUGGGGAACGUCAGCAAUAACAAAGGUCUCCUCUAACACAGAACAUACAUUUAUUACUACAACGAAAUCCACUGGAACUUCAAGCCCAAGCAUCUCUGAUUUUAGCUCCCAGACUUCUCAAACAUCUUCAACUCAUACCACCAAUACAACUGAAACCAGACCUACAACAAACUCAGAGGUGUCAAGUACCCCAGACCAACCUGCAACAAAGACCCCUUCUAUAACAGUUUCAACAUCUAUUACAACAUCAUCGUUUAGCCAGGAAACACCAACAACAAAGGCUCUUCCUACUACAGUGACUGGGUCCACACCUCAAACAAUGGGAAAGUCCACUGAAACUGAACAUUCUACAGAAUCAGCUUCCCAACCUACCACAAACAGACUGACAGGAACAACCAACAUGGAUCAUUCUGACAUGUCACCAGUGACCACUAACUUUCCAUUGACAUCUUCAGGAGACAGUGGUGAAACAUCAGUAACAAGUACACAUCCAUCGGCAAGUCAAGAAACACUUCCAACCAAGUAUUCAUCAACAGAGAUGCAGUCUACAUCUGCUGUCACAUUUUCCCCUACUGAAAUAACACAAUCAAUAUCAACGUUAACAUCAAAUGGACAGAGUGUGACAACAACCAUGGAUCAUUCUGAAUCAACAUUUUCCACCAAAGAUAAAGAGUCAUCCCACACUUCACCUUCCAGUAGUCCUCCUCUCACUACUGAGUUGACUCAAGCAUCUCCAUCUCAUGCUACUGAUGCAACUGUCACUGGAACCACAACAAAUUCAGAACUAUCAAGCAGCUGGGGAACGUCAGCAAUAACAAAGGUCUCCUCUAACACAGAACAUACAUUUAUUACUACAACGAAAUCCACUGGAACUUCAAGCCCAAGCAUCUCUGAUUUUAGCUCCCAGACUUCUCAAACAUCUUCAACUCAUACCACCAAUACAACUGAAACCAGACCUACAACAAACUCAGUGGUGUCAAGUACCCCAGACCAACCUGCAACAAAGACCCCUUCUAUAACAGUUUCAACAUCUAUUACAACAUCAUCGUUUAGCCAGGAAACACCAACAACAAAGGCUCUUCCUACUACAGUGACUGGGUCCACACCUCAAACAAUGGGAAAGUCCACUGAAACUGAACAUUCUACAGAAUCAGCUUCCCAACCUACCACAAACAGACUGACAGGAACAACCAACAUGGAUCAUUCUGACAUGUCACCAGUGACCACUAACUUUCCAUUGACAUCUUCAGGAGACAGUGGUGAAACAUCAGUAACAAGUACACAUCCAUCGGCAAGUCAAGAAACACUUCCAACCAAGUAUUCAUCAACAGAGAUGCAGUCUACAUCUGCUGUCACAUUUUCCCCUACUGAAAUAACACAAUCAAUGUCAACGUUAACAUCAAAUGGACAGAGUGUGACAACAACCAUGGAUCUUUCUGAAUCAACAUUUUCCACCAAAGAUAGAGAGUCAUCCCACACUUCACCUUCCAGUAGUCCUCCUCUCACUACUGAGUUGACUCAAGCAUCUCCAUCUCAUGCUACUGAUGCAACUGUCACUGGAACCACAACAAAUUCAGAACUAUCAAGCAGCUGGGGAACGUCAGCAAUAACAAAGGUCUCCUCUAACACAGAACAUACAUUUAUUACUACAACGAAAUCCACUGGAACUUCAAGCCCAAGCAUCUCUGAUUUUAGCUCCCAGACUUCUCAAACAUCUUCAACUCAAACCACCAAUACAACUGAAACCAGACCUACAACAAACUCAGAGGUGUCAAGUACCCCAGACCAACCUGCAACAAAGACCCCUUCUAUAACAGUUUCAACAUCUAUUACAACAUCAUCGUUUAGCCAGGAAACACCAACAACAAAGGCUCUUCCUACUACAGUGACUGGGUCCACACCUCAAACAAUGGGAAAGUCCACUGAAACUGAACAUUCUACAGAAUCAGCUUCCCAACCUACCACAAACAGACUGACAGGAACAACCAACAUGGAUCAUUCUGUCAUGUCACCAGUGACCACUAACUUUCCAUUGACAUCUUCAGGAGACAGUGGUAAAACAUCGGUAACAAGUACACAUCCAUCGGCAAGUCAAGAAACACUUCCAACCAAGUAUUCAUCAACAGAGAUGCAGUCUACAUCUGCUGUCACAUUUUCCCCUACUGAAAUAACACAAUCAAUGUCAACGUUAACAUCAAAUGGACAGAGUGUGACAACAACCAUGGAUCUUUCUGAAUCAACAUUUUCCACCAAAGAUAGAGAGUCAUCCCACACUUCACCUUCCAGUAGUCCUCCUCUCACUACUGAGUUGACUCAAGCAUCUCCAUCUCAUGCUACUGAUGCAACUGUCACUGGAACCACAACAAAUUCAGAACUAUCAAGCAGCUGGGGAACGUCAGCAAUAACAAAGGUCUCCUCUAACACAGAACAUACAUUUAUUACUACAACGAAAUCCACUGGAACUUCAAGCCCAAGCAUCUCUGAUUUUAGCUCCCAGACUUCUCAAACAUCUUCAACUCAUACCACCAAUACAACUGAAACCAGACCUACAACAAACUCAGAGGUGUCAAGUACCCCAGACCAACCUGCAACAAAGACCCCUUCUAUAACAGUUUCAACAUCUAUUACAACAUCAUCGUUUAGCCAGGAAACACCAACAACAAAGGCUCUUCCUACUACAGUGACUGGGUCCACACCUCAAACAAUGGGAAAGUCCACUGAAACUGAACAUUCUACAGAAUCAGCUUCCCAACCUACCACAAACAGACUGACAGGAACAACCAACAUGGAUCAUUCUGACAUGUCACCAGUGACCACUAACUUUCCAUUGACAUCUUCAGGAGACAGUGGUGAAACAUCAGUAACAAGUACACAUCCAUCGGCAAGUCAAGAAACACUUCCAACCAAGUAUUCAUCAACAGAGAUGCAGUCUACAUCUGCUGUCACAUUUUCCCCUACUGAAAUAACACAAUCAAUAUCAACGUUAACAUCAAAUGGACAGAGUGUGACAACAACCAUGGAUCAUUCUGAAUCAACAUUUUCCACCAAAGAUAAAGAGUCAUCCCACACUUCACCUUCCAGUAGUCCUCCUCUCACUACUGAGUUGACUCAACCAUCUCCAUCUCAUGCUACUGAUGCAACUGUCACUGGAACCACAACAAAUUCAGAACUAUCAAGCAGCUGGGGAACGUCAGCAAUAACAAAGGUCUCCUCUAACACAGAACAUACAUUUAUUACUACAACGAAAUCCACUGGAACUUCAAGCCCAAGCAUCUCUGAUUUUAGCUCCCAGACUUCUCAAACAUCUUCAACUCAUACCACCAAUACAACUGAAACCAGACCUACAACAAACUCAGUGGUGUCAAGUACCCCAGACCAACCUGCAACAAAGACCCCUUCUAUAACAGUUUCAACAUCUAUUACAACAUCAUCGUUUAGCCAGGAAACACCAACAACAAAGGCUCUUCCUACUACAGUGACUGGGUCCACACCUCAAACAAUGGGAAAGUCCACUGAAACUGAACAUUCUACAGAAUCAGCUUCCCAACCUACCACAAACAGACUGACAGGAACAACCAACAUGGAUCAUUCUGACAUGUCACCAGUGACCACUAACUUUCCAUUGACAUCUUCAGGAGACAGUGGUGAAACAUCAGUAACAAGUACACAUCCAUCGGCAAGUCAAGAAACACUUCCAACCAAGUAUUCAUCAACAGAGAUGCAGUCUACAUCUGCUGUCACAUUUUCCCCUACUGAAAUAACACAAUCAAUAUCAACGUUAACAUCAAAUGGACAGAGUGUGACAACAACCAUGGAUCAUUCUGAAUCAACAUUUUCCACCAAAGAUAAAGAGUCAUCCCACACUUCACCUUCCAGUAGUCCUCCUCUCACUACUGAGUUGACUCAACCAUCUCCAUCUCAUGCUACUGAUGCAACUGUCACUGGAACCACAACAAAUUCAGAACUAUCAAGCAGCUGGGGAACGUCAGCAAUAACAAAGGUCUCCUCUAACACAGAACAUACAUUUAUUACUACAACGAAAUCCACUGGAACUUCAAGCCCAAGCAUCUCUGAUUUUAGCUCCCAGACUUCUCAAACAUCUUCAACUCAUACCACCAAUACAACUGAAACCAGACCUACAACAAACUCAGAGGUGUCAAGUACCCCAGACCAACCUGCAACAAAGACCCCUUCUAUAACAGUUUCAACAUCUAUUACAACAUCAUCGUUUAGCCAGGAAACACCAACAACAAAGGCUCUUCCUACUACAGUGACUGGGUCCACACCUCAAACAAUGGGAAAGUCCACUGAAACUGAACAUUCUACAGAAUCAGCUUCCCAACCUACCACAAACAGACUGACAGGAACAACCAACAUGGAUCAUUCUGACAUGUCACCAGUGACCACUAACUUUCCAUUGACAUCUUCAGGAGACAGUGGUGAAACAUCAGUAACAAGUACACAUCCAUCGGCAAGUCAAGAAACACUUCCAACAAAGUAUUCAUCAACAGAGAUGCAGUCUACAUCUGCUGUCACAAUUUCCCCUACUGAAAUAACACAAUCAAUAUCAACGUUAACAUCAAAUGGACAGAGUAUGACAACAACCAUGGAUCAUUCUGAAUCAACAUUUUCCACCAAAGAUACAGAGUCAUCCCACACUUCACCUUCCAGUAGUCCUCCUCUCACUACUGAGUUGACUCAAGCAUCUCCAUCUCAUGCUACUGAUGCAACUGUCACUGGAACCACAACAAAUUCAGAACUAUCAAGCAGCUGGGGAACGUCAGCAAUAACAAAGGUCUCCUCUAACACAGAACAUACAUUUAUUACUACAACGAAAUCCACUGGAACUUCAAGCCCAAGCAUCUCUGAUUUUAGCUCCCAGACUUCUCAAACAUCUUCAACUCAAACCACCAAUACAACUGAAACCAGACCUACAACAAACUCAGAGGUGUCAAGUACCCCAGACCAACCUGCAACAAAGACCCCUUCUAUAACAGUUUCAACAUCUAUUACAACAUCAUCGUUUAGCCAGGAAACACCAACAACAAAGGCUCUUCCUACUACAGUGACUGGGUCCACACCUCAAACAAUGGGAAAGUCCACUGAAACUGAACAUUCUACAGAAUCAGCUUCCCAACCUACCACAAACAGACUGACAGGAACAACCAACAUGGAUCAUUCUGUCAUGUCACCAGUGACCACUAACUUUCCAUUGACAUCUUCAGGAGACAGUGGUAAAACAUCGGUAACAAGUACACAUCCAUCGGCAAGUCAAGAAACACUUCCAACCAAGUAUUCAUCAACAGAGAUGCAGUCUACAUCUGCUGUCACAUUUUCCCCUACUGAAAUAACACAAUCAAUGUCAACGUUAACAUCAAAUGGACAGAGUGUGACAACAACCAUGGAUCUUUCUGAAUCAACAUUUUCCACCAAAGAUAGAGAGUCAUCCCACACUUCACCUUCCAGUAGUCCUCCUCUCACUACUGAGUUGACUCAAGCAUCUCCAUCUCAUGCUACUGAUGCAACUGUCACUGGAACCACAACAAAUUCAGAACUAUCAAGCAGCUGGGGAACGUCAGCAAUAACAAAGGUCUCCUCUAACACAGAACAUACAUUUAUUACUACAACGAAAUCCACUGGAACUUCAAGCCCAAGCAUCUCUGAUUUUAGCUCCCAGACUUCUCAAACAUCUUCAACUCAUACCACCAAUACAACUGAAACCAGACCUACAACAAACUCAGAGGUGUCAAGUACCCCAGACCAACCUGCAACAAAGACCCCUUCUAUAACAGUUUCAACAUCUAUUACAACAUCAUCGUUUAGCCAGGAAACACCAACAACAAAGGCUCUUCCUACUACAGUGACUGGGUCCACACCUCAAACAAUGGGAAAGUCCACUGAAACUGAACAUUCUACAGAAUCAGCUUCCCAACCUACCACAAACAGACUGACAGGAACAACCAACAUGGAUCAUUCUGACAUGUCACCAGUGACCACUAACUUUCCAUUGACAUCUUCAGGAGACAGUGGUGAAACAUCAGUAACAAGUACACAUCCAUCGGCAAGUCAAGAAACACUUCCAACCAAGUAUUCAUCAACAGAGAUGCAGUCUACAUCUGCUGUCACAUUUUCCCCUACUGAAAUAACACAAUCAAUAUCAACGUUAACAUCAAAUGGACAGAGUGUGACAACAACCAUGGAUCAUUCUGAAUCAACAUUUUCCACCAAAGAUAAAGAGUCAUCCCACACUUCACCUUCCAGUAGUCCUCCUCUCACUACUGAGUUGACUCAACCAUCUCCAUCUCAUGCUACUGAUGCAACUGUCACUGGAACCACAACAAAUUCAGAACUAUCAAGCAGCUGGGGAACGUCAGCAAUAACAAAGGUCUCCUCUAACACAGAACAUACAUUUAUUACUACAACGAAAUCCACUGGAACUUCAAGCCCAAGCAUCUCUGAUUUUAGCUCCCAGACUUCUCAAACAUCUUCAACUCAUACCACCAAUACAACUGAAACCAGACCUACAACAAACUCAGAGGUGUCAAGUACCCCAGACCAACCUGCAACAAAGACCGCUUCUAUAACAGUUUCAACAUCUAUUACAACAUCAUCGUUUAGCCAGGAAACACCAACAACAAAGGCUCUUCCUACUACAGUGACUGGGUCCACACCUCAAACAAUGGGAAAGUCCACUGAAACUGAACAUUCUACAGAAUCAGCUUCCCAACCUACCACAAACAGACUGACAGGAACAACCAACAUGGAUCAUUCUGACAUGUCACCAGUGACCACUAACUUUCCAUUGACAUCUUCAGGAGACAGUGGUAAAACAUCGGUAACAAGUACACAUCCAUCGGCAAGUCAAGAAACACUUCCAACCAAGUAUUCAUCAACAGAGAUGCAGUCUACAUCUGCUGUCACAUUUUCCCCUACUGAAAUAACACAAUCAAUAUCAACGUUAACAUCAAAUGGACAGAGUGUGACAACAACCAUGGAUCUUUCUGAAUCAACAUUUUCCACCAAAGAUAGAGAGUCAUCCCACACUUCACCUUCCAGUAGUCCUCCUCUCACUACUGAGUUGACUCAAGCAUCUCCAUCUCAUGCUACUGAUGCAACUGUCACUGGAACCACAACAAAUUCAGAACUAUCAAGCAGCUGGGGAACGUCAGCAACAACAAAGGUCUCCUCUAACACAGAACAUACAUUUAUUACUACAACGAAAUCCACUGGAACUUCAAGCCCAAGCAUCUCUGAUUUUAGCUCCCAGACUUCUCAAACAUCUUCAACUCAUACCACCAAUACAACUGAAACCAGACCUACAACAAACUCAGAGGUGUCAAGUACCCCAGACCAACCUGCAACAAAGACCCCUUCUAUAACAGUUUCAACAUCUAUUACAACAUCAUCGUUUAGCCAGGAAACACCAACAACAAAGGCUCUUCCUACUACAGUGACUGGGUCCACACCUCAAACAAUGGGAAAGUCCACUGAAACUGAACAUUCUACAGAAUCAGCUUCCCAACCUACCACAAACAGACUGACAGGAACAACCAACAUGGAUCAUUCUGACAUGUCACCAGUGACCACUAACUUUCCAUUGACAUCUUCAGGAGACAGUGGUAAAACAUCAGUAACAAGUACACAUCCAUCGGCAAGUCAAGAAACACUUCCAACCAAGUAUUCAUCAACAGAGAUGCAGUCUACAUCUGCUGUCACAUUUUCCCCUACUGAAAUAACACAAUCAAUAUCAACGUUAACAUCAAAUGGACAGAAUGUGACAACAACCAUGGAUCAUUCUGAAUCAACAUUUUCCACCAAAGAUAGAGAGUCAUCCCACACUUCACCUUCCAGUAGUCCUCCUCUCACUACUGAGUUGACUCAAACAUCUCCAUCUCAUGCUACUGAUGCAACUGUCACUGGAACCACAACAAAUUCAGAACUAUCAAGCAGCUGGGGAACGUCAGCAAUAACAAAGAUCUCCUCUAACACAGAACAUACAUUUAUUACUACAACGAAAUCCACUGGAACUUCAAGCCCAAGCAUCUCUGAUUUUAGCUCCCAGACUUCUCAAACAUCUUCAACUCAUACCACCAAUACAACUGAAACCAGACCUACAACAAACUCAGAGGUGUCAAGUACCCCAGACCAACCUGCAACAAAGACCCCUUCUAUAACAGUUUCAACAUCUAUUACAACAUCAUCGUUUAGCCAGGAAACACCAACAACAAAGGCUCUUCCUACUACAGUGACUGGGUCCACACCUCAAACAAUGGGAAAGUCCACUGAAACUGAACAUUCUACAGAAUCAGCUUCCCAACCUACCACAAACAGACUGACAGGAACAACCAACAUGGAUCAUUCUGACAUGUCACCAGUGACCACUAACUUUCCAUUGACAUCUUCAGGAGACAGUGGUGAAACAUCAGUAACAAGUACACAUCCAUCGGCAAGUCAAGAAACACUUUCAACAAAGUAUUCAUCAACAAAGAUGCAGUCUACAUCUGCUGUCACAAUUUCCCCUACUGAAAUAACACAAUCAAUAUCAACGUUAACAUCAAAUGGACAGAGUUUGACAACAACCAUGGAUCAUUCUGAAUCAACAUUUUCCACCAAAGAUAGAGAGUCAUCCCACACUUCACCUUCCAGUAGUCCUCCUCUCACUACUGAGUUGACUCAAGCAUCUCCAUCUCAUGCUACUGAUGCAACUGUCACUGGAACCACAACAAAUUCAGAACUAUCAAGCAGCUGGGGAACGUCAGCAAUAACAAAGGUCUCCUCUAACACAGAACAUACAUUUAUUACUACAACGAAAUCCACUGGAACUUCAAGCCCAAGCAUCUCUGAUUUUAGCUCCCAGACUUCUCAAACAUCUUCAACUCAUACCACCAAUACAACUGAAACCAGACCUACAACAAACUCAGAGGUGUCAAGUACCCCAGACCAACCUGCAACAAAGACCCCUUCUAUAACAGUUUCAACAUCUAUUACAACAUCAUCGUUUAGCCAGGAAACACCAACAACAAAGGCUCUUCCUACUACAGUGACUGGGUCCACACCUCAAACAAUGGGAAAGUCCACUGAAACUGAACAUUCUACAGAAUCAGCUUCCCAACCUACCACAAACAGACUGACAGGAACAACCAACAUGGAUCAUUCUGACAUGUCACCAGUGACCACUAACUUUCCAUUGACAUCUUCAGGAGACAGUGGUAAAACAUCGGUAACAAGUACACAUCCAUCGGCAAGUCAAGAAACACUUCCAACCAAGUAUUCAUCAACAGAGAUGCAGUCUACAUCUGCUGUCACAUUUUCCCCUACUGAAAUAACACAAUCAAUAUCAACGUUAACAUCAAAUGGACAGAGUGUGACAACAACCAUGGAUCUUUCUGAAUCAACAUUUUCCACCAAAGAUAGAGAGUCAUCCCACACUUCACCUUCCAGUAGUCCUCCUCUCACUACUGAGUUGACUCAAGCAUCUCCAUCUCAUGCUACUGAUGCAACUGUCACUGGAACCACAACAAAUUCAGAACUAUCAAGCAGCUGGGGAACGUCAGCAACAACAAAGGUCUCCUCUAACACAGAACAUACAUUUAUUACUACAACGAAAUCCACUGGAACUUCAAGCCCAAGCAUCUCUGAUUUUAGCUCCCAGACUUCUCAAACAUCUUCAACUCAUACCACCAAUACAACUGAAACCAGACCUACAACAAACUCAGAGGUGUCAAGUACCCCAGACCAACCUGCAACAAAGACCCCUUCUAUAACAGUUUCAACAUCUAUUACAACAUCAUCGUUUAGCCAGGAAACACCAACAACAAAGGCUCUUCCUACUACAGUGACUGGGUCCACACCUCAAACAAUGGGAAAGUCCACUGAAACUGAACAUUCUACAGAAUCAGCUUCCCAACCUACCACAAACAGACUGACAGGAACAACCAACAUGGAUCAUUCUGACAUGUCACCAGUGACCACUAACUUUCCAUUGACAUCUUCAGGAGACAGUGGUAAAACAUCAGUAACAAGUACACAUCCAUCGGCAAGUCAAGAAACACUUCCAACCAAGUAUUCAUCAACAGAGAUGCAGUCUACAUCUGCUGUCACAUUUUCCCCUACUGAAAUAACACAAUCAAUAUCAACGUUAACAUCAAAUGGACAGAAUGUGACAACAACCAUGGAUCAUUCUGAAUCAACAUUUUCCACCAAAGAUAGAGAGUCAUCCCACACUUCACCUUCCAGUAGUCCUCCUCUCACUACUGAGUUGACUCAAACAUCUCCAUCUCAUGCUACUGAUGCAACUGUCACUGGAACCACAACAAAUUCAGAACUAUCAAGCAGCUGGGGAACGUCAGCAAUAACAAAGAUCUCCUCUAACACAGAACAUACAUUUAUUACUACAACGAAAUCCACUGGAACUUCAAGCCCAAGCAUCUCUGAUUUUAGCUCCCAGACUUCUCAAACAUCUUCAACUCAUACCACCAAUACAACUGAAACCAGACCUACAACAAACUCAGAGGUGUCAAGUACCCCAGACCAACCUGCAACAAAGACCCCUUCUAUAACAGUUUCAACAUCUAUUACAACAUCAUCGUUUAGCCAGGAAACACCAACAACAAAGGCUCUUCCUACUACAGUGACUGGGUCCACACCUCAAACAAUGGGAAAGUCCACUGAAACUGAACAUUCUACAGAAUCAGCUUCCCAACCUACCACAAACAGACUGACAGGAACAACCAACAUGGAUCAUUCUGACAUGUCACCAGUGACCACUAACUUUCCAUUGACAUCUUCAGGAGACAGUGGUAAAACAUCCGUAACAAGUACACAUCCAUCGGCAAGUCAAGAAACACUUCCAACCAAUUAUUCAUCAACAGAGAUGCAGUCUACAUCUGCUGUCACAUUUUCCCCUACUGAAAUAACACAAUCAAUAUCAACGUUAACAUCAAAUGGACAGAAUGUGACAACAACCAUGGAUCAUUCUGAAUCAACAUUUUCCACCAAAGAUAGAGAGUCAUCCAACACUUCACCUUCCAGUAGUCCUCCUCUCACUACUGAGUUGACUCAAACAUCUCCAUCUCAUGCUACUGAUGCAACUGUCACUGGAACCACAACAAAUUCAGAACUAUCAAGCAGCUGGGGAACGUCAGCAAUAACAAAGAUCUCCUCUAACACAGAACAUACAUUUAUUACUACAACGAAAUCCACUGGAACUUCAAGCCCAAGCAUCUCUGAUUUUAGCUCCCAGACUUCUCAAACAUCUUCAACUCAUACCACCAAUACAACUGAAACCAGACCUACAACAAACUCAGAGGUGUCAAGUACCCCAGACCAACCUGCAACAAAGACCGCUUCUAUAACAGUUUCAACAUCUAUUACAACAUCAUCGUUUAGCCAGGAAACACCAACAACAAAGGCUCUUCCUACUACAGUGACUGGGUCCACACCUCAAACAAUGGGAAAGUCCACUGAAACUGAACAUUCUACAGAAUCAGCUUCCCAACCUACCACAAACAGUCUGACAGGAACAACCAACAUGGAUCAUUCUGACAUGUCACCAGUGACCACUAACUUUCCAUUGACAUCUUCAGGAGACAGUGGUAAAACAUCAGUAACAAGUACACAUCCAUCGGCAAGUCAAGAAACACUUCCAACCAAGUAUUCAUCAACAGAGAUGCAGUCUACAUCUGCUGUCACAUUUUCCCCUACUGAAAUAACACAAUCAAUAUCAACGUUAACAUCAAAUGGACAGAGUGUGACAACAACCAUGGAUCAUUCUGAAUCAACAUUUUCCACCAAAGAUAGAGAGUCAUCCCACACUUCACCUUCCAGUAGUCCUCCUCUCACUACUGAGUUGACUCAAACAUCUCCAUCUCAUGCUACUGAUGCAACUGUCACUGGAACCACAACAAAUUCAGAACUAUCAAGCAGCUGGGGAACGUCAGCAAUAACAAAGAUCUCCUCUAACACAGAACAUACAUUUAUUACUACAACGAAAUCCACUGGAACUUCAAGCCCAAGCAUCUCUGAUUUUAGCUCCCAGACUUCUCAAACAUCUUCAACUCAUACCACCAAUACAACUGAAACCAGACCUACAACAAACUCAGAGGUGUCAAGUACCCCAGACCAACCUGCAACAAAGACCGCUUCUAUAACAGUUUCAACAUCUAUUACAACAUCAUCGUUUAGCCAGGAAACACCAACAACAAAGGCUCUUCCUACUACAGUGACUGGGUCCACACCUCAAACAAUGGGAAAGUCCACUGAAACUGAACAUUCUACAGAAUCAGCUUCCCAACCUACCACAAACAGUCUGACAGGAACAACCAACAUGGAUCAUUCUGACAUGUCACCAGUGACCACUAACUUUCCAUUGACAUCUUCAGGAGACAGUGGUAAAACAUCAGUAACAAGUACACAUCCAUCGGCAAGUCAAGAAACACUUCCAACAAAGUAUUCAUCAACAGAGAUGCAGUCUACAUCUGCAGUCACAAUUUCCCCUACUGAAAUAACACAAUCAAUAUCAACGUUAACAUCAAAUGGACAGAGUGUGACAACAACCAUGGAUCAUUCUGAAUCAACAUUUUCCACCAAAGAUAGAGAGUCAUCCCACACUUCACCUUCCAGUAGUCCUCCUCUCACUACUGAGUUGACUCAAGCAUCUCCAUCUCAUGCUACUGAUGCAACUGUCACUGGAACCACAACAAAUUCAGAACUAUCAAGCAGCUGGGGAACGUCAGCAAUAACAAAGGUCUCCUCUAACACAGAACAUACAUUUAUUACUACAACGAAAUCCACUGGAACUUCAAGCCCAAGCAUCUCUGAUUUUAGCUCCCAGACUUCUCAAACAUCUUCAACUCAUACCACCAAUACAACUGAAACCAGACCUACAACAAACUCAGAGGUGUCAAGUACCCCAGACCAACCUGCAACAAAGACCCCUUCUAUAACAGUUUCAACAUCUAUUACAACAUCAUCGUUUAGCCAGGAAACACCAACAACAAAGGCUCUUCCUACUACAGUGACUGGGUCCACACCUCAAACAAUGGGAAAGUCCACUGAAACUGAACAUUCUACAGAAUCAGCUUCCCAACCUACCACAAACAGACUGACAGGAACAACCAACAUGGAUCAUUCUGACAUGUCACCAGUGACCACUAACUUUCCAUUGACAUCUUCAGGAGACAGUGGUGAAACAUCAGUAACAAGUACACAUCCAUCGGCAAGUCAAGAAACACUUCCAACCAAGUAUUCAUCAACAGAGAUGCAGUCUACAUCUGCUGUCACAUUUUCCCCUACUGAAAUAACACAAUCAAUAUCAACGUUAACAUCAAAUGGACAGAGUGUGACAACAACCAUGGAUCAUUCUGAAUCAACAUUUUCCACCAAAGAUAAAGAGUCAUCCCACACUUCACCUUCCAGUAGUCCUCCUCUCACUACUGAGUUGACUCAACCAUCUCCAUCUCAUGCUACUGAUGCAACUGUCACUGGAACCACAACAAAUUCAGAACUAUCAAGCAGCUGGGGAACGUCAGCAAUAACAAAGGUCUCCUCUAACACAGAACAUACAUUUAUUACUACAACGAAAUCCACUGGAACUUCAAGCCCAAGCAUCUCUGAUUUUAGCUCCCAGACUUCUCAAACAUCUUCAACUCAUACCACCAAUACAACUGAAACCAGACCUACAACAAACUCAGAGGUGUCAAGUACCCCAGACCAACCUGCAACAAAGACCGCUUCUAUAACAGUUUCAACAUCUAUUACAACAUCAUCGUUUAGCCAGGAAACACCAACAACAAAGGCUCUUCCUACUACAGUGACUGGGUCCACACCUCAAACAAUGGGAAAGUCCACUGAAACGGAACAUUCUACAGAAUCAGCUUCCCAACCUACCACAAACAGACUGACAGGAACAACCAACAUGGAUCAUUCUGACAUGUCACCAGUGACCACUAACUUUCCAUUGACAUCUUCAGGAGACAGUGGUAAAACAUCAGUAACAAGUACACAUCCAUCGGCAAGUCAAGAAACACUUCCAACAAAGUAUUCAUCAACAGAGAUGCAGUCUACAUCUGCUGUCACAAUUUCCCCUACUGAAAUAACACAAUCAAUAUCAACGUUAACAUCAAAUGGACAGAGUGUGACAACAACCAUGGAUCAUUCUGAAUCAACAUUUUCCACCAAAGAUAGAGAGUCAUCCCACACUUCACCUUCCAGUAGUCCUCCUCUCACUACUGAGUUGACUCAAGCAUCUCCAUCUCAUGCUACUGAUGCAACUGUCACUGGAACCACAACAAAUUCAGAACUAUCAAGCAGCUGGGGAACGUCAGCAAUAACAAAGGUCUCCUCUAACACAGAACAUACAUUUAUUACUACAACGAAAUCCACUGGAACUUCAAGCCCAAGCAUCUCUGAUUUUAGCUCCCAGACUUCUCAAACAUCUUCAACUCAUACCACCAAUACAACUGAAACCAGACCUACAACAAACUCAGAGGUGUCAAGUACCCCAGACCAACCUGCAACAAAGACCCCUUCUAUAACAGUUUCAACAUCUAUUACAACAUCAUCGUUUAGCCAGGAAACACCAACAACAAAGGCUCUUCCUACUACAGUGACUGGGUCCACACCUCAAACAAUGGGAAAGUCCACUGAAACUGAACAUUCUACAGAAUCAGCUUCCCAACCUACCACAAACAGACUGACAGGAACAACCAACAUGGAUCAUUCUGACAUGUCACCAGUGACCACUAACUUUCCAUUGACAUCUUCAGGAGACAGUGGUGAAACAUCAGUAACAAGUACACAUCCAUCGGCAAGUCAAGAAACACUUCCAACCAAGUAUUCAUCAACAGAGAUGCAGUCUACAUCUGCUGUCACAUUUUCCCCUACUGAAAUAACACAAUCAAUAUCAACGUUAACAUCAAAUGGACAGAGUGUGACAACAACCAUGGAUCAUUCUGAAUCAACAUUUUCCACCAAAGAUAAAGAGUCAUCCCACACUUCACCUUCCAGUAGUCCUCCUCUCACUACUGAGUUGACUCAACCAUCUCCAUCUCAUGCUACUGAUGCAACUGUCACUGGAACCACAACAAAUUCAGAACUAUCAAGCAGCUGGGGAACGUCAGCAAUAACAAAGGUCUCCUCUAACACAGAACAUACAUUUAUUACUACAACGAAAUCCACUGGAACUUCAAGCCCAAGCAUCUCUGAUUUUAGCUCCCAGACUUCUCAAACAUCUUCAACUCAUACCACCAAUACAACUGAAACCAGACCUACAACAAACUCAGAGGUGUCAAGUACCCCAGACCAACCUGCAACAAAGACCGCUUCUAUAACAGUUUCAACAUCUAUUACAACAUCAUCGUUUAGCCAGGAAACACCAACAACAAAGGCUCUUCCUACUACAGUGACUGGGUCCACACCUCAAACAAUGGGAAAGUCCACUGAAACGGAACAUUCUACAGAAUCAGCUUCCCAACCUACCACAAACAGACUGACAGGAACAACCAACAUGGAUCAUUCUGACAUGUCACCAGUGACCACUAACUUUCCAUUGACAUCUUCAGGAGACAGUGGUAAAACAUCAGUAACAAGUACACAUCCAUCGGCAAGUCAAGAAACACUUCCAACAAAGUAUUCAUCAACAGAGAUGCAGUCUACAUCUGCUGUCACAAUUUCCCCUACUGAAAUAACACAAUCAAUAUCAACGUUAACAUCAAAUGGACAGAGUGUGACAACAACCAUGGAUCAUUCUGAAUCAACAUUUUCCACCAAAGAUAGAGAGUCAUCCCACACUUCACCUUCCAGUAGUCCUCCUCUCACUACUGAGUUGACUCAAGCAUCUCCAUCUCAUGCUACUGAUGCAACUGUCACUGGAACCACAACAAAUUCAGAACUAUCAAGCAGCUGGGGAACGUCAGCAAUAACAAAGGUCUCCUCUAACACAGAACAUACAUUUAUUACUACAACGAAAUCCACUGGAACUUCAAGCCCAAGCAUCUCUGAUUUUAGCUCCCAGACUUCUCAAACAUCUUCAACUCAUACCACCAAUACAACUGAAACCAGACCUACAACAAACUCAGAGGUGUCAAGUACCCCAGACCAACCUGCAACAAAGACCCCUUCUAUAACAGUUUCAACAUCUAUUACAACAUCAUCGUUUAGCCAGGAAACACCAACAACAAAGGCUCUUCCUACUACAGUGACUGGGUCCACACCUCAAACAAUGGGAAAGUCCACUGAAACUGAACAUUCUACAGAAUCAGCUUCCCAACCUACCACAAACAGACUGACAGGAACAACCCACAUGGAUCAUUCUGACAUGUCACCAGUGACCACUAACUUUCCAUUGACAUCUUCAGGAGACAGUGGUGAAACAUCAUUAACAAGUACACAUCCAUCGGCAAGUCAAGAAACACUUCCAACCAAGUAUUCAUCAACAGAGAUGCAGUCUACAUCUGCUGUCACAUUUUCCCCUACUGAAAUAACACAAUCAAUAUCAACGUUAACAUCAAAUGGACAGAGUGUGACAACAACCAUGGAUCAUUCUGAAUCAACAUUUUCCACCAAAGAUAAAGAGUCAUCCCACACUUCACCUUCCAGUAGUCCUCCUCUCACUACUGAGUUGACUCAACCAUCUCCAUCUCAUGCUACUGAUGCAACUGUCACUGGAACCACAACAAAUUCAGAACUAUCAAGCAGCUGGGGAACGUCAGCAAUAACAAAGGUCUCCUCUAACACAGAACAUACAUUUAUUACUACAACGAAAUCCACUGGAACUUCAAGCCCAAGCAUCUCUGAUUUUAGCUCCCAGACUUCUCAAACAUCUUCAACUCAUACCACCAAUACAACUGAAACCAGACCUACAACAAACUCAGAGGUGUCAAGUACCCCAGACCAACCUGCAACAAAGACCGCUUCUAUAACAGUUUCAACAUCUAUUACAACAUCAUCGUUUAGCCAGGAAACACCAACAACAAAGGCUCUUCCUACUACAGUGACUGGGUCCACACCUCAAACAAUGGGAAAGUCCACUGAAACUGAACAUUCUACAGAAUCAGCUUCCCAACCUACCACAAACAGACUGACAGGAACAACCAACAUGGAUCAUUCUGACAUGUCACCAGUGACCACUAACUUUCCAUUGACAUCUUCAGGAGACAGUGGUGAAACAUCAGUAACAAGUACACAUCCAUCGGCAAGUCAAGAAACACUUUCAACAAAGUAUUCAUCAACAAAGAUGCAGUCUACAUCUGCUGUCACAAUUUCCCCUACUGAAAUAACACAAUCAAUAUCAACGUUAACAUCAAAUGGACAGAGUUUGACAACAACCAUGGAUCAUUCUGAAUCAACAUUUUCCACCAAAGAUAGAGAGUCAUCCCACACUUCACCUUCCAGUAGUCCUCGUCUCACUACUGAGUUGACUCAAGCAUCUCCAUCUCAUGCUACUGAUGCAACUGUCACUGGAACCACAACAAAUUCAGAACUAUCAAGCAGCUGGGGAACGUCAGCAAUAACAAAGGUCUCCUCUAACACAGAACAUACAUUUAUUACUACAACGAAAUCCACUGGAACUUCAAGCCCAAGCAUCUCUGAUUUUAGCUCCCAGACUUCUCAAACAUCUUCAACUCAUACCACCAAUACAACUGAAACCAGACCUACAACAAACUCAGAGGUGUCAAGUACCCCAGACCAACCUGCAACAAAGACCCCUUCUAUAACAGUUUCAACAUCUAUUACAACAUCAUCGUUUAGCCAGGAAACACCAACAACAAAGGCUCUUCCUACUACAGUGACUGGGUCCACACCUCAAACAAUGGGAAAGUCCACUGAAACUGAACAUUCUACAGAAUCAGCUUCCCAACCUACCACAAACAGACUGACAGGAACAACCAACAUGGAUCAUUCUGACAUGUCACCAGUGACCACUAACUUUCCAUUGACAUCUUCAGGAGACAGUGGUGAAACAUCAGUAACAAGUACACAUCCAUCGGCAAGUCAAGAAACACUUCCAACCAAGUAUUCAUCAACAGAGAUGCAGUCUACAUCUGCUGUCACAUUUUCCCCUACUGAAAUAACACAAUCAAUAUCAACGUUAACAUCAAAUGGACAGAGUGUGACAACAACCAUGGAUCAUUCUGAAUCAACAUUUUCCACCAAAGAUAAAGAGUCAUCCCACACUUCACCUUCCAGUAGUCCUCCUCUCACUACUGAGUUGACUCAACCAUCUCCAUCUCAUGCUACUGAUGCAACUGUCACUGGAACCACAACAAAUUCAGAACUAUCAAGCAGCUGGGGAACGUCAGCAAUAACAAAGGUCUCCUCUAACACAGAACAUACAUUUAUUACUACAACGAAAUCCACUGGAACUUCAAGCCCAAGCAUCUCUGAUUUUAGCUCCCAGACUUCUCAAACAUCUUCAACUCAUACCACCAAUACAACUGAAACCAGACCUACAACAAACUCAGAGGUGUCAAGUACCCCAGACCAACCUGCAACAAAGACCCCUUCUAUAACAGUUUCAACAUCUAUUACAACAUCAUCGUUUAGCCAGGAAACACCAACAACAAAGGCUCUUCCUACUACAGUGACUGGGUCCACACCUCAAACAAUGGGAAAGUCCACUGAAACUGAACAUUCUACAGAAUCAGCUUCCCAACCUACCACAAACAGACUGACAGGAACAACCAACAUGGAUCAUUCUGACAUGUCACCAGUGACCACUAACUUUCCAUUGACAUCUUCAGGAGACAGUGGUAAAACAUCAGUAACAAGUACACAUCCAUCGGCAAGUCAAGAAACACUUCCAACAAAGUAUUCAUCAACAGAGAUGCAGUCUACAUCUGCUGUCACAAUUUCCCCUACUGAAAUAACACAAUCAAUAUCAACGUUAACAUCAAAUGGACAGAGUGUGACAACAACCAUGGAUCAUUCUGAAUCAACAUUUUCCACCAAAGAUAGAGAGUCAUCCCACACUUCACCUUCCAGUAGUCCUCCUCUCACUACUGAGUUGACUCAAGCAUCUCCAUCUCAUGCUACUGAUGCAACUGUCACUGGAACCACAACAAAUUCAGAACUAUCAAGCAGCUGGGGAACGUCAGCAAUAACAAUGGUCUCCUCUAACACAGAACAUACAUUUAUUACUACAACGAAAUCCACUGGAACUUCAAGCCCAAGCAUCUCUGAUUUUAGCUCCCAGACUUCUCAAACAUCUUCAACUCAUACCACCAAUACAACUGAAACCAGACCUACAACAAACUCAGAGGUGUCAAGUACCCCAGACCAACCUGCAACAAAGACCCCUUCUAUAACAGUUUCAACAUCUAUUACAACAUCAUCGUUUAGCCAGGAAACACCAACAACAAAGGCUCUUCCUACUACAGUGACUGGGUCCACACCUCAAACAAUGGGAAAGUCCACUGAAACUGAACAUUCUACAGAAUCAGCUUCCCAACCUACCACAAACAGACUGACAGGAACAACCAACAUGGAUCAUUCUGACAUGUCACCAGUGACCACUAACUUUCCAUUGACAUCUUCAGGAGACAGUGGUAAAACAUCGGUAACAAGUACACAUCCAUCGGCAAGUCAAGAAACACUUCCAACCAAGUAUUCAUCAACAGAGAUGCAGUCUACAUCUGCUGUCACAUUUUCCCCUACUGAAAUAACACAAUCAAUAUCAACGUUAACAUCAAAUGGACAGAGUGUGACAACAACCAUGGAUCUUUCUGAAUCAACAUUUUCCACCAAAGAUAGAGAGUCAUCCCACACUUCACCUUCCAGUAGUCCUCCUCUCACUACUGAGUUGACUCAAGCAUCUCCAUCUCAUGCUACUGAUGCAACUGUCACUGGAACCACAACAAAUUCAGAACUAUCAAGCAGCUGGGGAACGUCAGCAAUAACAAAGGUCUCCUCUAACACAGAACAUACAUUUAUUACUACAACGAAAUCCACUGGAACUUCAAGCCCAAGCAUCUCUGAUUUUAGCUCCCAGACUUCUCAAACAUCUUCAACUCAUACCACCAAUACAACUGAAACCAGACCUACAACAAACUCAGAGGUGUCAAGUACCCCAGACCAACCUGCAACAAAGACCCCUUCUAUAACAGUUUCAACAUCUAUUACAACAUCAUCGUUUAGCCAGGAAACACCAACAACAAAGGCUCUUCCUACUACAGUGACUGGGUCCACACCUCAAACAAUGGGAAAGUCCACUGAAACUGAACAUUCUACAGAAUCAGCUUCCCAACCUACCACAAACAGACUGACAGGAACAACCAACAUGGAUCAUUCUGACAUGUCACCAGUGACCACUAACUUUCCAUUGACAUCUUCAGGAGACAGUGGUAAAACAUCAGUAACAAGUACACAUCCAUCGGCAAGUCAAGAAACACUUCCAACCAAGUAUUCAUCAACAGAGAUGCAGUCUACAUCUGCUGUCACAUUUUCCCCUACUGAAAUAACACAAUCAAUAUCAACGUUAACAUCAAAUGGACAGAGUGUGACAACAACCAUGGAUCAUUCUGAAUCAACAUUUUCCACCAAAGAUAGAGAGUCAUCCCACACUUCACCUUCCAGUAGUCCUCCUCUCACUACUGAGUUGACUCAAACAUCUCCAUCUCAUGCUACUGAUGCAACUGUCACUGGAACCACAACAAAUUCAGAACUAUCAAGCAGCUGGGAAACGUCAGCAAUAACAAAGAUCUCCUCUAACACAGAACAUACAUUUAUUACUACAACGAAAUCCACUGGAACUUCAAGCCCAAGCAUCUCUGAUUUUAGCUCCCAGACUUCUCAAACAUCUUCAACUCAUACCACCAAUACAACUGAAACCAGACCUACAACAAACUCAGAGGUGUCAAGUACCCCAGACCAACCUGCAACAAAGACCCCUUCUAUAACAGUUUCAACAUCUAUUACAACAUCAUCGUUUAGCCAGGAAACACCAACAACAAAGGCUCUUCCUACUACAGUGACUAGGUCCACACCUCAAACAAUGGGAAAGUCCACUGAAACUGACCAUUCUACAGAAUCAGUUGCCCAACCUACCACAAACAGACUGACAGGAACAACCAACAUGGAUCAUUCUGACAUGUCACCAGUGACCACUAACUUUCCAUUGACAUCUUCAGGAGACAGUGGUAAAACAUCAGUAACAAGUACACAUCCAUCGGCAAGUCAAGAAACACUUCCAACAAAGUAUUCAUCAACAGAGAUGCAGUCUACAUCUGCUGUCAAAAUUUCCCCUACUGAAAUAACACAAUCAAUAUCAACGUUAACAUCAAAUGGACAGAGUGUGACAACAACCAUGGAUCAUUCUGAAUCAACAUUUUCCACCAAAGAUAGAGAGUCAUCCCACACUUCACCUUCCAGUAGUCCUCCUCUCACUACUGAGUUGACUCAAGCAUCUCCAUCUCAUGCUACUGAUGCAACUGUCACUGGAACCACAACAAAUUCAGAACUAUCAAGCAGCUGGGGAACGUCAGCAAUAACAAAGGUCUCCUCUAACACAGAACAUACAUUUAUUACUACAACGAAAUCCACUGGAACUUCAAGCCCAAGCAUCUCUGAUUUUAGCUCCCAGACUUCUCAAACAUCUUCAACUCAUACCACCAAUACAACUGAAACCAGACCUACAACAAACUCAGAGGUGUCAAGUACCCCAGACCAACCUGCAACAAAGACCCCUUCUAUAACAGUUUCAACAUCUAUUACAACAUCAUCGUUUAGCCAGGAAACACCGACAACAAAGGCUCUUCCUACUACAGUGACUAGGUCCACACCUCAAACAAUGGGAAAGUCCACUGAAACUGACCAUUCUACAGAAUCAGCUUCCCAACCUACCACAAACAGACUGACAGAAACAACCAACAUGGAUCAUUCUGACAUGUCACCAGUGACCACUAACUUUCCAUUGACAUCUUCAGGAGACAGUGGUAAAACAUCAGUAACAAGUACACAUCCAUCGGCAAGUCAAGAAACACUUCCAACCAAGUAUUCAUCAACAGAGAUGCAGUCUACAUCUGCUGUCACAUUUUCCCCUACUGAAAUAACACAAUCAAUAUCAACGUUAACAUCAAAUGGACAGAGUGUGACAACAACCAUGGAUCAUUCUGAAUCAACAUUUUCCACCAAAGAUAGAGAGUCAUCCCACACUUCACCUUCCAGUAGUCCUCCUCUCACUACUGAGUUGACUCAAACAUCUCCAUCUCAUGCUACUGAUGCAACUGUCACUGGAACCACAACAAAUUCAGAGCUAUCAAGCAGCUGGGGAACGUCAGCAAUAACAAAGAUCUCCUCUAACACAGAACAUACAUUUAUUACUACAACGAAAUCCACUGGAACUUCAAGCCCAAGCAUCUCUGAUUUUAGCUCCCAGACUUCUCAAACAUCUUCAACUCAUACCACCAAUACAACUGAAACCAGACCUACAACAAACUCAGAGGUGUCAAGUACCCCAGACCAACCUGCAACAAAGACCCCUUCUAUAACAGUUUCAACAUCUAUUACAACAUCAUCGUUUAGCCAGGAAACACCAACAACAAAGGCUCUUCCUACUACAGUGACUGGGUCCACACCUCAAACAAUGGGAAAGUCCACUGAAACUGAACAUUCUACAGAAUCAGCUUCCCAACCUACCACAAACAGACUGACAGGAACAACCAACAUGGAUCAUUCUGACAUGUCACCAGUGACCACUAACUUUCCAUUGACAUCUUCAGGAGACAGUGGUAAAACAUCAGUAACAAGUACACAUCCAUCGGCAAGUCAAGAAACACUUCCAACAAAGUAUUCAUCAACAGAGAUGCAGUCUACAUCUGCUGUCACAUUUUCCCCUACUGAAAUAACACAAUCAAUAUCAACGUUAACAUCAAAUGGACAGAGUGUGACAACAACCAUGGAUCAAUCUGAAUCAACAUUUUCCACCAAAGAUAGAGAGUCAUCCCACACUUCACCUUCCAGUAGUCCUCCUCUCACUACUGAGUUGACUCAAACAUCUCUCGCUCACACUACUGUUUCAAGUAUAUCAAGUAUGACAUCGUUGCACCCAUCAAAUAGUCAAGGAACAUCUGAAGUCACAAUCCCAUCUACAGAUUCCUUUUUCACAUCUAUGGAAACAUUGACUUCUUCAGAUCCAAAGUUAACUCAGUCAGCAAUAACAACAAAUCACACAACACCAACAUUUACUGAUAAUGUUCAACCAACAAUAUCCACUGUCACUCAGCUUCCUGUCAGUGGUCUUACUACAACAAAAUCUGAUGAGAUCAUGACAAACUCUCCAGAAACCACAUUUCUUACUACCACCUACCCGACGUCUGCAGCAUCUGUACACACCAUUUCUGAAGCAACAUCCAUUUUCUACCCAUCAACGACUACAAAGGCUCAAACUCAAGCUUCGGCAACUAUAACUUCAAUUGUCACAACCGAUGUGCUUAAACCAACUUCCCCAAUUUCUUUACCUUCAAAUCCUACUUCUACAAUUGAUGCAACAGUUCCCCAUAAAACAACUCCUCUUACUGCUACAACUUAUGGAAAAACAGCCGAACAAUCAAGUCUGAGUCCUGAAACAUCUCAGUCAAUACCAUCAGCUUCCACGGCUGUAGUCACAUCAAAGGUCUACAGUAGAAACACAGCAAGAACUGUAAGUGAGCCAACAUCACCUGCUGAGUCCUUCUCAAAUACUGCUGCCUCUGUGUCAACACUGUCUACAACACCUCAGUGUAGCAACUGUCAGUGCAAUGGGGGAACCUGUUUCUUUAAUGUUACUCUUGAUACCUGCCAGUGCCAAUGUCAAGACUUUGUCUUUGGAAAUGUCUGCUCUUUCGGACAAAAUGACAUAACUCCACAGAUUGCUCUGCCAACUCGGAAUGCCAGUAUUACUUUGGAAAUCUUCAUUGAUUUUCAGGAUGCUUUUAAGACUUUAGGUUCACCUGAAUCUUUGGCAUUUAUAAAGAAAUUACAACCACAGCUGGAAGCCCUGUGCAAAAAGGCAGACCCAGAAGCCUAUAAAGCUGUAGAAGUUGUGAAAUUAACAAAUGGAAGCAUUGUCUCAGAGAGCAUGGUGCAGUACAACUAUCUAAACAAUGAAACUCAGAUACAGUUUCUCAACAAUCAGCUUGACCGUGUGCUGACUGAUAUCUUAAAUGACACAAGGAACCUCGUUAACAUUUCUCAGGUUUUUAGGAGUAAUGUGUCGUUUAACAGACUCACGUUGCAGCCACCUCUGAUUACAAGCAUUGCAGAUCUGAAGCCUUUGGUAAACUGCUCCCAGUUUGCCAAUUACACUGCAGAGAUCAGUGAUGGGGUAUGGCGGUGUGCUGGACCUUGCAAAACUAAUCCUGACUACUGCCAUCAACAUGGAAAUUGUUUAAAUGACAUUUAUAAAGGACCUGUGUGCAGUUGCUAUCAAAACAGUUUGGAGCAGUACCAUGGUCCGAGAUGUGAGUUUGUCAACAGAGGUCCAGGUUUCUAUGGAGCACUGUUUGGAUCUCUGGCUGUGGUACUCCUGAUCAGCAUCAUCAUUACCAUUUUUGUUGUCAGGAGAAGACACAAAAGACGUUGGAAAAUAAACCAAAUUGACUCACUGCCUUUCGAGGAAGAUUUCUUUGAUUUCUCCAACAGAAGAAAGGGGAAUCGUAACUUUGGAUUUCAAGGCACCUACAACCCAAAGAGAUUUUAGAAAAUAUUUAGGAGAAAAUCAGGUAUCCUUUUUUGCUUUUGUAUUUCUAUCUACAUUUAUAAAUUUGAUUAAUAGUACUGUUAUAUGUCAUGAUAAUACCAUAAAUAAGAACAAAAAAAAAAAAAACACUGUGAGGCACUGUUUCCUUAUUCCCAUGUAUACUUACAAAUAAGUUCUGAACUAUUAAAGUGUGGUUUUUUGUUUCUUUGUUUCUGCAAGUUAAAACUAAGAUGAAGGCUGCAUAUUUAAGAAAUGUAUUUAAAAUGCUUAAAUGCUAAAGAAAAGACACCACAGAAGAAACUGAAGAAAUGUGUGAGGUGGAAACAAUGUUAAGUAAUGUAUUUGCAAAAAGUUAUAAUUUCUUUGACAUUUUUCAUAAUGACUGUAAGUCAGUGUACCCUUUAUGUUACCUCAAAAAAUAAAAAUAGUGUCGUUUGAUUUGUAA